AUGGAUGCAUGGCUCCUGGCAGAAGACAACAGCUCAGGUAAAGACACACACCAGGAGAACCACUCUGCCACAUCUGCAGUGAGAGAAUGUGUUGAUGAUUCAUCCUCCUCUUCCUCGGGUCUGGAGGUGAAAUGUUCAGACUCGGUGCGUCUGGUCUCGGGGCCCAGUCUGUGCUCAGGAUCAGUGCAGAUCUGGAACCAGUCCUGGACCUGGGUCUGUGAAGGGGCCUUGGACCAGCAGGGGGCAGAGGUGCUGUGCAGGGAGCUGGGCUGUGGGGCUCCUUCUCUCCUCCAGGGGGCGCUCUCUCCUCUGGGGCAGAGGUUCCACUGUGAGGGCAAUGAGUCUGCUCUGAUGGACUGUCCCCGCUCCGGCUCAGAGACCUGCUCCUCUGGAGCCGCUGUCAACCUCACCUGCUCAGAGCUCAGGCUGGUGGGAGGGGCCAGUCGCUGUGCUGGGACUGUGGAGGUGAGACACAGAGGAGAGUGGGGAUGGGUGGGGCCCGAUGGACGCUGGUUCCUGGAGGACACAGCUGCUGUGUGCAGAGACCUGGACUGUGGCUCUGCUGUUUAUGGAGAAAAGAGAGAUGAUUUUCCAAAGAGUCCAGUGUGGGAGGUCAUAUCUGACUGUGUGAAGAAGAAGAAGUCUGCAGUACAACCAGAAGGAACACAGAGGAACUCAUGUAGGAACCUGUCCUACACGAGUCUGUCCUACACGAGUCUGUCCUACACGAGUCUGUCCUUGUCCUACACGAGUCUGUCCUACACGAGUCUGUCCUACACGAGUCUGUCCUACACGAGUCUGUCCUUUUCCUACACGAGUCUGUCCUACACGAGAGUAUGUCCUACGUCCUACAUGAGACUGUCCUACAUGAGACUGUCCUACACGAGUCUGACCUAUACGAGUCUGUCCUACACGAGUCUGACCUACAUGAGUCUGUCCUACAUGAGUCUGGCCUACAUGAGUCUGACCUACAUGAGUCUAACUUAUCUAGUAAAACAAAGUAAAAUGGAUGAAACUUAG